AUGAGCCGAGAAGGGUCGGCAUCACAGUUGGUCUCGGGACCGGUUUCUUCUCCCACAGCUCGAGCGCCAAAACCUGGAGCAUCCCAGUCGACAUCAAAAUGGAAUCCGCAGAUUUUAGGAUCGAGGUUUGCCGUAGAUGCAGUCAGCGCAGCUGGGUCUGCGGCAUUGAUAUGUCCGCUUAUCACCAUUAUUGACAAGUCUAUUAUUGAGAAAGCUGCGAAGGGUCUUCCCAUCUUCCAUAGUCUUAAAUCGUCACUGGUCGCGAUCGUCAAACGGCCUCAUAGUUUUCUCAUUUCAACACCGUUUCUCCUCAUAUACACCCUUUACGGAUCCACAUACUUAACAGCUAAUGUCAUCGACACCAUUACGUCGACAAUGGAUGACCGCAAAUUUGCCCAUGUCUCAGCGGGCCCUGCCAAAUUCAUUUGUACGGCUGUUGUCAAUAUGUCCAUAUGCGUUUACAAAGACGCUCGAUUUGCGCGUAUAUUUGGAGCGCAGGGCACCGCUCCAGCGCCGAGCACACCACCAAAGUCGACGGGAAUGCAAAAUCUGAAGCAAAAUUCUUCUCAGAGCGUUCCUUCUGUAUCCACUACCAAACCUUCUUCUCAGACUUUGCCAAUGCCUAAACGCUCAUUUGCUCUUUUCUGCCUCCGCGACAGUAUGACAAUAUUCGCAUCCUUCAACCUCCCCACACUUCUUUCGCCCCACAUCCCAGAUAUCCUCGCCUCCACGCCAUCCUCCAAAUCUGCUCUGGCCCAAUUCUCCAUCCCGGCGUCCGUCCAGUUUUUCAGCACACCGUUUCAUCUGUUAGGUCUGGAUCUUUACAAUCGCCAACCACCCGGAGGGUUAAAUGCAGCAGAUAGAUGGGCCCGGGUCAAAAGGGAUUGGGCACCAAGCGUCAUGGCUCGUAUUGGACGAAUAGUCCCCGCUUACGGAUUCGGUGAUAUAAACUACAAAGUACCGCCGUCCAUCCUCUCCAACCGGUUCCAAUCUUAA